AUGGAUACAACAGACACGAAUGUUGAUUCUCUACGCAAUGAGCGUUUCCAUCUCAAGCCUUACGAUCGCAUAAGGAUGGCUGCCUCCAUUGGAGGACUUAUUGGUGCGGGACUGGGGUUCUACGAGGGGGUCAAGUUGUCCUCUCUUCGGUAUUUGACAGAGAAUGCACACCGCCUUCCGACAACUGUGGGAGGAUGGUACUUUUAUCAUAAAAAGAAGAACUACGUGAUGAUUAUUAGCGGAUGUAAAGACGCCGCGAGAUUAGGUUUGAAAUAUUCAUUGGGUGUCUCUAGUUUCUUCGCUUUGGAGUAUCUUAUCGACUAUACAAGGAAUACGAUCGACUUCUUAAAUACGACAGCCGCCGGCGCGAUAGUGGCGUAUACGCAUGGAUCAAUUCGCCAUAUGACGAAAGUCCAAAAAUUCAACCACGUGAAAAAGGGUUCUUUCUUAGCCUUAGUAUUAGGAUUGAGCCAGGAUAUGAUGAUUUUCUCAAGAGGCGGCGAUUUGUGGUACAAAAAAGCCUUCGAUGACAUAAAGACUCUGAAUUUUGUUCUUUAG